GAAAGACCGGAGGCAAAGCCAGAGCUAAGGCCAAGACUCGCUCAUCCCGUGCCGGGCUUCAGUUCCCCGUGGGUCGUGUCCACAGACUGCUGCGCAAAGGCAACUAUGCGGAGCGUGUGGGAGCCGGCGCCCCCGUUUACCUGGCAGCUGUGCUCGAGUACCUGACCGCUGAGAUCCUGGAGCUGGCUGGCAACGCAGCCCGCGACAACAAGAAGACUCGUAUCAUCCCACGUCACCUGCAGCUGGCUGUGCGCAACGACGAGGAGCUCAACAAGCUCCUGGGGGGAGUCACCAUCGCUCAGGGUGGUGUGCUGCCCAACAUCCAGGCUGUGCUGCUGCCCAAGAAGACCGAGAAGCCCGCCAAGGCCAAGUAAACGCAAAGCGCUCGGCUUCAC